CAAACUAGUGGACUUCGUCCCAAUUCGCUAAGCUACAAAAUGUUAUUUCAUCAAUUCUUAAAAAAUUUUCAACUUUAUUUUUGUCGUCGUCUUACUUACAUUUCUGGUUUGUCUUCUCUCAUUAUCAGCUGCUGUAUGCCAAAGCCUCUGCAACUUCUAAACUACCCUUCAAAAAUGUCUCUUUUAGGCUCUCCUUUUUCACCAUUUACUCCAUCUUAUUUCCCCGCCUCUAUUUUCCUUCACUAUCUCGUGUUCCAUACAUCAAAACAAAGACAAGUUCUUUAACUUUCACCCUUUGUGAAAACCUGAAUUUUUCCCAAAGAGGAUCUUGUUUCGAGGCUAAAUAUUGUAUGUUUAGGUUUAAAGGAAAGUACCCAUUUUCCUUUAUUCAUUGGUGAUUCUCUUGGUUUAGUGAGUCAUAGCCAUAUUUGCUCCCUUUUGGUUCUUUCAAGCUUGGACUUUAGUCAUGGGGUUUAUCUCUUACUAAUUGCAGAUCUUCACGGAUCAGCUUUUACUGAGUUCUGCUAAUGUACGAUUUUAGAAGAACCCUUUGCCAGUUUCAUCGGACAUCUUUUAGCUAUGUGAACAAGUAGUGAAGCAGAUUGCUUAUUGCAUAUCAAAAUGUCUGGAAAUGGUCAUUGUUUUGAGUGGAUGGAGGAGUUUAUUUCACAGGAGCGCGGUAAUCUGUCUGUGCAGUUAUCGGUUCUCAGAGGAGUGUUAGGCAUAUGUUAUGUUGUUGCAGAGGAGUUUGUGAGGGUAUAUGGUGCUGAGAAUUCAAUUCAUGCUGGUUUCAAAUGGAGGUUGAGGAGAGAGGUUGUUGAUUGGCUUACAUCCAUGCUCUCAAAGCAGUAGUUUUAGGGAGAUCGAUCUAGGCUAUCUUUUGAGGAACUUGACUGAACAAAGUUCAGAUAUUGUGUGAGCAGGCACUGCAUGGACAUGUGGUAAAAGGCUCAAACAUUUCCCAGCAUUUUGCCUCAAUGGGACCUCAGAAGCAGUUCAAUCUUUUAUCUUCAUGAUCUCUAAAGGAGAAAAUCAUUAUCUUGCUUACUUGGAGGACAUGUACGAAGACAAGCGCGGGCAGCUCUGGUGAUGGAGGUUUUUAAUUUUCAUUUAGUUGCCUUAUGUUUCUUCAAAGUUUAAAAUUUAGGCCAUUAAUUCAAAUUAUGUCUAUUGAACUGAAUUAAUUAGUGGGAAAGUAAUAUGGAUAUCAUGACUUGAUAAUAUAAAUGACACUACAAUAAUGCAACGUGGUUUUCUGGGCCUGGUGCGGUGCAUGAUCUGUUAUUGCCUUUUGUUUUCAAUGUUGUUGGUUUUUCUGCUUGCUUAUUGUGUGCUUUGCAUUGUGGCUUUUUUAUUGGGCUGAGUUAUAAUCCUUUACUUUUCAAAAAUAAAAAUAUCUGCCCUCAUUUUUUUUUUCAAAUUUAAUCUAGAACCAACAUUGGGUAAAGAUUAAAUAACUGGAAAAUUGAUGUAAUAAAAUUUCUUUCCUAGAAGUUUCCUGUUUCUUUUUCGUUUUUAUUGUUUGAAUUUAAAGCCUAUGGAUGAAUUAGAAAUGCAAUUUCCCUGGUAGUUUUCUUGCAAGUAAUAGAAAAUGGCAUACAAAUUUUCUAGUCUUGUGGAAAAUAUGUUUGUUAGAUACUAUUGUUCAACAUAUAUAGGAUACACAUGGUUUGAAUUUUCAAGCAGUGAACUUUGAAUAUAUAGAAGACAAGUGAUAAGGGAUUAUAUAUCAUUGAAGUGUUUUCUAUAAUACAAUCAUUCAAGUGUUAUUUACUCUGAAACUUUGAACUUCUUUUCCUGCUUUGAAUAUGUGGGGACAAAAUUAUUAGUCUUUUCGUGUGUGUGUGUGUGGAAUUACUGUACAUUGUGGUGACUUGUAGAUUAGGUUUGGGUGAAAUUGACAGUUUUGGUCUUCUUCACACUCUUAGCUUUUCUCCAUCAGAAAUAAAAACAUGAUGGUUAUCCACAAUUUCCAUAAAAUUUCUUAGAUUCUUCAUUAUCAAUGGACUAUACCAUUAAAAUUCUUAGUUUCAUAUCAGUUUUGUUCUGCCUAUAAAUAGGGUUCUCAUAAUUCAUACCAUGUUAACCUUAUUUGAAAACAUAACAUGGCCUCAUUUACCACACCCUAUCACUUCCUUUAUCUAUUUUUCUUCUUCCCUCAUCUUUUUGCCUCUUCAGUAACGCACUUGUGCUCUCAUCACGAAGCUACUGCUUUGAUCCAUUUCAAGAACUCAUUUUCCAUCAUCAAAACAGAGUUUACUUCUUUUCUUUGUGACGAUAUUGCUGGCCUUAAAUCUUAUCCUAAGACAAAUUCAUGGAAAGAGGGUACAAAUUGCUGCUCAUGGGAUGGGGUCACUUGUGAUCACCUAAAUGCUCAUGUUAUUGCCCUUGACUUGAGUUGCAGUUGGUUGUAUGGCAACUUCCCUUCCAAUAGUACACUUUUCCUUCUUCCUCAUAUUCAAAAACUCAACAUUGCCUACAAUGAUUUUAAUUAUUCCAAGAUGCCCUCUGAGUUUGGUCAGUUUACAAGGCUGGUGUAUUUUAACAUCUCAGAAACGUUAUUUGCAAGAAAAGUCCCAUCCCAAAUCUCCCACUCGUCAAAAUUGGUUUCACUUGAUCUCUCUCACAAUGUUUUUUUUGACCAAUUAACAAUUGACAGAAAUACUUUGGAGGGACUUGUUCACAACCUAACUGAGGUGAGACAUCUUUUUCUUGAUAGAAUUAUCAUGCCUUCUAUUAAUCUUAAUGUUUUCAUGAAUCUAUCCUCUUCUAUAAAGUCUCUCAGUCUUGGUGGUUGUGAUUUGCAAGGAAAAUUCCCAAGUAACAUUCUUCAUUUGCCAAAGCUCAAUUUGCUCAACUUAGGAUACAACCGAAACCUUAGUCUUGAUCAUCUGAACUUCAAUCAGAGCAGUAAUCUUGAACAUUUGGAUCUGUCAUGGAUGUCCUAUACAAAAUUGAUUGAUUCGAUUGACAACCUACAUGUCCUGAAAUAUUUGGAUCUGUCUCAUUCCAAUUUACAGGGAUCAAUUUCGAGAUCAUUGGGGAACCUCUUGCAACUCACUUAUUUAGACUUGUCAUGGAACCAAUUGAGUGGAGAAGUUCCAUUGUCAAUUCUAAACCUGACACAGCUUCAACAUUUGAGAAUAGCUGAAAAUUCUUUAAAAGGUCCCAUUCUAGAUGAAAAAGCUGCUUUCCCUAAUCUAAUAUCUUUAGACUUAUCUAACAAUUUACUAAAUGGAAAACUUCCGUCAUGGUUGUAUGUUGCUUCCUCCUUAAUGGAAAUCUCUCUCUCUCAAAAUCAAUUCAGUGGACACAUCAAACAAUUCCAAUCCAAAUCACUAGAAAUGAUAGUGUUAGGGAAUAAUAAACUCGAAGGUCCUCUUCCAUCUUUAAUAUUCCAAUUUCUCAACCUUACCUGGCUCCUUUUAUACUCAAAUAAUCUCAGUGGUGUUAUAGAGUUUGGCAUGUUCUCAAAUCUCCCAAAUCUUAAAUAUCUUGACCUUUCUCUAAACAGCCUAUCCUUAAGCUCAAAUAAUGUCAGCCAAUUCUCCCCAUUUUUGAGAGGGUCAAAAAAGUUGAAAACUUUAGACCUUUCUAACAAUAGAAUUGAAAGAAAGAUUCCACAAUGGCUGCAAGAGGUGACUUGUGACUUUUUGAGUUACUUAAAUUUAUCUCACAACUCAUUGACAGAAGUUGAGCAACUCCCAUGGAAGAAUAUUAAUAUUCUUGACUUAAGCUCCAAUUUGAUCCAUGGAAACCUUCCAAUUCCAUCUUUGACAGUCAAUGUGUUUUUGAUCUCAAACAAUAGUUUAGGUGGAGAGGUCUCUUCUUUGAUAUGCAAUGUGAGUGCUCUCCAAAUUCUUGACUUGUCUCACAAUAAAUUGAAUGGAACUAUUCCAUAAUGUUUUGGAAAUUUGAGCAACAACCUUGAAUUUUUGAAUCUAAAAAAGAACAAGUUUUAUGGAAUGAUUCCUCCAACAUUGUCAAGGGAUGUCAAUUGAGUAAUCUUAACUUAAAUGGAAAUCAAUUUGAAGUGCCUUUGUAACCAUCCAUCCUUAA